GCAACCACCAUCAAUGCCCUCCUCAGACACAUCAUCGGAUUCUGAAGGCAAUACUCGCACUCCAAAACCCUUCGAGGGGCACACUGACGACGUUUGGGAUGUCGCCUACUCUCCCGACGGAGCCUGGAUCGCCUCUGCCUCUAAUGAUGGUACAAUAAGGAUCUGGGACUCGAAGACAGGCCUCAGCGUAGGCCAGCCUCUCAUAGGCCACAAGGAUGGCAUCUAUGUUAUUGCAUUCUCACCUCAAGGUGACCGCAUAGUCAGCGGAUCAGAUGACAAGACGCUACGUGUCUGGGAUAUUUCGACCCAGGAGGUAGUUUUGGGCCCACUUGACGGUCACACAGAUGUUGUUAAUUCUGUUCAAUACUCUCCGGAUGGGCAACUCAUUUGUAGUGCGUCGAGCGAUCGCUUCGUACGAUUGUGGAAUGCACAGUCAGGAGAAUGCACCACCACUCUGGAACAUCCCAACAAGCUUACCCUCGCAUCAUUCUCUCCUUGCGGUGCACAUGUUGCGACGGCCUGUGAUGACAACAUGGUACGAGUAUGGGUCGUUGCUACGAGAAUUCUCCUCCACCCGCCUCUGGCCGCCCACAAAUCAGAGGUAUGGUCGGUAGCAUAUUCCCCCGAUGGACGCUUUCUGGCAAGCGGGAGUAGGGAUUGCACGAUUUGUUUGUGGGAUACAGAUACUGGGAAACUAUGCAGGCGGCCGAUGAAGGGCCACAGACUUGCCGUCUCAAGCCUCGCAUUUACUAACCACGGGCAGGCGCUUAUCAGUGCCUCAUAUGAUAGGAGUUUACGUGCCUGGGACCCAGUGACAGGAGACUGCUUGUGGGGUCCGAUGUUCAGCGACGGACGUGUCAACGGAAUAUCGGUCUCCCCUACGAAGCAUGUGGUAGCCUGUGGCAGAGGCUAUAGUAUGUGUAUUCGAGACGCCAUGUCGGGAAAACUCGUUCUUCCCGAGGGACACGAACCCAAGCGCUAUAAAGGAAACCUAAUGCUCACAAUCGGGUCGGUCAAUUCGUUGGCAUGGUUCCCCUGUGAGACUCGAUUUGCAACUGCUGGAUUCAACGACACGAUCAGGGUUUGGGAUGCGAAGAAGAACAAAGAUUCAAUCGAAGUGUUUAGCGACCAGACCAUCGGUACCACCUCCAUCGACAUAUCUUUCGACGGCUCGAUGCUGGUCAGCAGCUCUGAAGAUCACACCAUUUGUCUGUGGAACUUAAA